GCAACUUGUCUCAUCUACUGCGUUGAGCCAGUUUCACAAUUAGGUAAUAUGUUUAUUUUUAUUUACUUUAUUUACUCACUAAUAUAAACCUCAUUAAAAUUCCACGGAUAAAGUAUCUUAAUCAGUGUUCAUAUUCAAAUCAUUUGAACCUUGAAACAUGGGUUAGGGCAACAAACCUCCACUAUCUCCUAACAAUCAAAUUCUUCAAAUGCCAAAGAUAACCUUAUCAAGACUGUUCCACAAACGAAAUAAAAAAAAAAAUACAGGAGGCAACUUUGGCUAGUCUACCGUGCCACCCAAAUCUCUAAAUAUUUCUCCGAAACCGAAAAAUUAAAAAACAAAUGUCUUGACAAGCCAUAACCGUUAUUCACCUCUUGCACUUCUAAACCGUUUACUAAAGCUCAUUCUAAUUCUUUCUUAAAUCCCUUACCAAAUCAGCCUAAUAUUAAAACUUACCCCGACUUAAAUACUGAUUCUGUUUCAACUCAAUUCUCUUGCUUUUUGGCGUUGUUUGAUAGCUUUUUGACAUCCACUGUUAUACUAAGCAUCUUUGGCCUUUUCAAUACACCAAUAUUCUGUUCUGCUAUUUUUAUGAUCGUUUUCUGGUUUGUUUCCCAAUCUAGCUCUGCAUUGUUCUCAUCGAUUUCUUCGAUGGCAUUGUCAUUAGCCAUUUGAUAUUGUAUUUUACUUCUAGAUCUUUUAGUAUUUCAAUAUUUAUUCUAAGUUUUUUUUGAGCUUUUCAACUUUAUUUUAACACAUUAACACCUCAAUAACUUCUGACAUCUACUUUACUACUCCUACAUUUGCGUUCGAUUAAUACAUGGUCAAUUUGGUUUUUCGUUCUGUCAUCCAGUGAUUUCCAUGUUUCUUUGUGGGGAAAUGUAGUACUGCUUAUCAGCUACUACAAACGAUACUAGUUUCAGCCCAUUAUCGUUGUAGUGUUUGUGUAGGAUUUUUCUCCCAAUUGUGGGGAUAAAUUGUGAUUAUCUACUACAUUUUGCAUUCAUAUCGCCCAUUACAAUUUUUAUUGAAUUUUUACGUAUUUCCUCAUAUAUUUUCGUAAAAGUCAUCUUUUUUUAUUAUGAUCGCUAACUUCCGUUGGAGCGUGUACGUUUACUAUACAUGUGUUUAUUGGCUUCUAGUAUAAGUAUCUAGCAUAAGUAGUGACAAUCUAUCUGAUAUCGGCCUAGACUCAAUGACGUGUGGCAUUAACUUCUUAUUCACCGCAAAACCACUUCUAAAAUGAUGUGUAUUCUGUGCUCCAGAGUAAUGUAUUACGUACUCGCCUACUUCAAUUUGACUUACGUCUAGCCAUAGUACCCCCUGUAUUACUGCAGUGUCUAUCUUAUAUGUGUUUAAUACAACAGCUAAAUUUUAGUAUGCGCCAGUUCUAAAGAAGCUUGUUACAUUCCAGGUUACUAUUUUUAAUUCAAUGUUCCGUUUCCAUUUUCCAGUCUUUAAUCCGUGAUCUUUUGAGGCUUCGAUAUAUGUGAUAUCAUAAUACAAGGUUUUUACUAGGUAAGAUUGUUAGUCCUACGCUAAACCCCCAACCUAUAAGACCAGAACCUCCAGCUAACUAAGGCCAAGGGGUGGCUAAUGAAGUAGCUUGUGCUGGGUGAUGGGAGCGCCACUUUCCCUACGCCGGCUGAAUUGUUUUUACAAACACAAAUAGUAUUUAUAUAUUAAAUACAAAUCUAUUCUUGUGUGCGUGAAAAUUUGUUUUUUAGGUACCUACUUAUAUUUAUACGAUACAUUUUAGAUUCUGAGUAGAACGAGAAAUGUAUUGGUUUUACAAUGAUAUUAAUCUUUAUUUUUUUUUAUGUGAAUAAUUUUUCUACCAGAAAGAAUACUCCGAUUAUCAAGUAUAGCAUUUUUUCUGAAAGGAAAUUUUCUCUGGAUGAUAUUUUAGAAAGGUUAUUUUUUGAAAUUCUCAUUAAUAUUCGAGAUAAUGAGGAAAACCUCGGUCCUUAGGUUAAAAUAGAUUGAAAGAUUAAAAAUAAGGUUGUCAUUGCAACCGUUUUUAUAUAUUUUUUGUUAUUAUUAAGAUUUUGUUAUUUUAAUAUUUUUAAACAAUCAUUGUUGUCAUGGAAACGCACAUUGUUUUAAUCAUUUUACCAUAAUAUGUCAUAAUACCAUAUAUUAUAUUGUUGACAAAACAAAAUUAUCUACUGAACUCGGCUCAGAAUCGUUUUUUCGUUAGCAAUGGUCAAUCGUUGCUUGCAGACAUACAUUCAAUUUUCGUCUAUUUCCUACCUUUCCAACUUUUUACCAACAAUAGUGGCCCACCCACAUGCGAAGUUACCCGGUUUUUAGAAUUAAAAAUACAUAUAGAACCUAAUAAUUAUAGAGUACUUAACAAAUAACAUUAGAUCACUGAUAUUACUAUUCACUAUUAUUAUUAUAUUAAAAUUGUAACUUGUAAUUCAUUUUUGGCUGUGAGCAAUAUUUAGUAUAUUUAUAUUAAUAUUAUGAUAUUAUAAUAGUUAUAAACCUAUACGUGAACAUAAUAUUAUUAUAGUAUGAUAUACACCCAUACCAUUAACAUAUUGUCAAUUAUUAUAAUUUUAUCUCGUGGACUGUAAUAUUUAUAAAAUAUUUGACUUCAUUUUUUACUCGUAACCGAUAACCCUUGUAUAAUUAUCGUAAUACGUAACAUUAUUCGCUCCGUUGGGUGUGAGUGAUAUGAAAGAAAAAAUGAUUAAAAUAAUAGUAAAUAAAUAACCGUUAGUACCUAUUAUACGACGUUGUCGGAUAAAAAUUUUUUAUUCGCUCGAAUUUAUGAAUAUUAUUUAUGUACGUUAUAUAUUAUAUUUAAAACAAACAUUUACUCGGAUAAACGCGAAUAAUAUUAUCCUAAUACAAACGUUGUUGUGCUACACGCCAUAUGCGGUGACAAAAUAUAAUAUUUUAUACAUUAGUCGUUGAUUGAAAAAUAACCUAAUAAAUAGAACAUACUUACACGAGAGACAUGCAAAACGAACCUGAAGAAAAACCUGAAGAGUGCGUAUACACAAAUCAUAUUAGAUUUAUUAAUAAUAUUCAAAAAUGUUUAUAUGUAUAUUUAUAUGUUAUAUUAUAAUUUAUAGAGUAUACCUUCCCGUGCAUAUAUUGAAUAAUAUUAUAUUUUUGGUUCCCGGGAAGAAGUCAAUUUCGUAUACCUAGUUUUCGAUAAAAGCAAAUUAAAUUUUUAGAAUAAUUGCUAAAUAACACAAUAAAAUAAAUAGUAUAGAAAUAAUAGUACGGAUAUCUCAAUUUAAAAGCCACAAGUAUUUUUUAAAUAUAUUAUUUUUACAUGGUUAGUAUAGUAUAGUAGUUUCUACUUUAUAAUAAUUCUAAUAAGUCAUUAUCAGGCAAUGAAAAAAUAUUAAUAAAUCAACAUACAAUAUUAGUGGUUAAAUUUAUACAUAAAGAACAUAAUGUGGCGAAAACUGAGGCCCUGGAAGUCUGGUGGCCCGGGUCUAUGGCCCUUUAAGAACCCCCCCCCACUUCCUUAAUCCGGGAUUGAUUACGUGAAGCCUUGAAAUUAUAUACAGAAUGAUUCACUAAGCGUGUUCACUCUAUUUUUUUUUGGUUACAUUUUUCUUAUAUUCAAAUCCUGAUUUUUGAAAUUUUUCAAUGUAGUUAAAGUUGAUAUCAUCAAAUACUUCGAUUUUUCAUAUCAUUUAAGAAGUAUCCUGUGGCGAUACCAACUUUGCUUUUUUAAAUGAGAACCUAUAUUAAAAAUCCCCUAAAUAAAAGGAGUAUUACGAUAAAUAAAUUUUGAUGUCAAAAUGUUUGAUUUCCGUUAAAUCGUUAACGAGAUAUUUCACUUUUAAGUUUAGGUUGGAGGAAAGUUGUAGUGGAGUAUUAUUUGAGUGGUGACAUGGUACGCGGCGUUUUAUUAUUGCUCCACUACUCUCCUCCUACCUAAACUUAAGAGUAAUAUAUCUCUUUAACGAUUUAACGGAAUUCAAGCAUAUUGACAUCAAAAUUUAUUUAAAAUCUAUUUAUGGAAUUUUUAAUAUAGAUUCUGAUUUAAAAAAUUAAAGUUGAUACAGCCACAGAGUACUCUUUAAAUGGUGUGACAAAUCUAAAUAUUUGAAAAUAUCGGCAUUAACUACAUUUAAAAAUUCCAAAAAUCAGAAUUUGAAUAAAUGAAAAAUUUAACUAAAAAAAUGGGGUAAGCAUAUUUAGUGACUCAUCCUGCAUAUAAUUAUAAUAUAUCUCAUACCGCAGUAUUGAAUUUUCUAAAUAUCAAAUUUUAGAUUCUGAUAGUGAAGCGAAGAAUAGCUUAUGGCUUUACAAAGAUGUUUAUUUACUAUUUUUUUCUGUGGAUAACUUUUUUAUCAGCAAUUUUGUUCCGAUUUACAACGAUAGCAUUUUUUAUUUAUUAAUUUCUUUUUAACGUAAUAUUCAUAGGUUUUCGUGUUAUUUUUGCGGCCAAAGCAUAUAUGUACCACCAACUCUUUCUUACGGUCAUGCAGUAAUAUAGAAGAAAUUACAAUUAUUUUUUUUUUUUUGACCUUUACAAAUAUCUAUACUUGUAUACUUGUAUAUAUUUUACAUUUUCCACACAACAUCAAAAUUAUAAAUUUGAUAUAAUUUAACGUGGCUAUUUUCUGUAAAAACUAAAACAUAGAAUAGUAUAGGCACUCAAGCAUCUAGCUGUUUUAUAUGCAUGUCAUAUUUAGUACAUACAUAGAUACGUGUUCCUGUACGUACGGUAUAAUAACACUGGAGAUUAUAUUUCCUUAAUAGGUACUGUCUACAUUUCUAUUCAGCUGAUCCAUAAUAAAAUAAUUGUAUAUUUUUAUUUACUUAAUACCUAAUAUUUAUCUAAAAUUGAAAAAACUAUAACCAUAUAGUUGUAAUAUAAUUUCGUCAGUUUUAUUAUUUAUUUAUUUUUUUCUAAUAGCUUUAUACACUUGUAUGGACACCAUAUUUCAAUGAAUUUAAGUAUUUCAAAAAUGUCUUUUCGUUUCUAUUUGUUUUUUAUUUCUUUAGAUUCUGAGUAGAGUGAGGAAUUUAUUGGUUUCACAAUUAUGUUUUUAUUAUUUUUUUUUAAUCUGUGAAUAACUUUUCUAUCAAAAAUUUUGCUCCGAUUUCCAAUGAUAGCACUUUUUUAGAAAUCUACCUGGAGAGGUACUUUAAGAAGAUCAUUUUGAUUUUCCCAGGAGUUUUCCCAAUACAUGGGAAAAAACGUAGAAAAAAACAGGAAAUAGGUACCAUAUCAAACGAAUAUUAAUAAAGAAAAUGUUUAUUAUAUAUGUAAUUAUUUUACCAUAAUAUGAUAUUUAUAUUGUUGAUAAAGCAACGUUAUCAACCGAUCAGAAUCGUUUUUUUGUUAGCAAUGGUUAAUCGUUGCGUACAGAUAUACAUUAAAUUUCCUCUCUACUACUUUCCUAACUUCUGACCUACAACAGUGGCCCACCUAUCAAAAAACGCAAAGAAAUGCAAAAUAAAAGUUUCAUAAACGAAUUUGUUGUUACAUGAUUCAAAUUAUGUACUUAGAAAGCUACAUUUCACGAUUAUCUAAAAAUAAUGCACAUUCCUUCAAACUCACAGCCCUAGUUAUAAUAUUAUCCGUUACACAUAUACAGCAAAUAAAGAUAAGCAAAGAUAAAGAAAAUUUUCAUUUGACAAGGACAACUCUAUGAUGGCAGUUUUAAUAUUAGAGUGAAUUGACCUAUUAUCUAUAUUAGGUAAAUGUAGAAUGUUCGAUUGGUCAAUUCUCUAGUGAUGGUUAUAGUGAGUUCAUUUUCACGAAUUUUAUGAAAUCGUUUUAAUGAUUCACUGAAUUAUACGUCUAUAUUGAGUGAUCGUUGUCCGUUGGAUCGUUCAAAUGAUUCAUUAAAUCAUAUGAAUCGUUCAUUCGAACUAAUUCGUUCGUGAACUACAAAUAUCUACAAUACGCUAGGCUACUUAAAAAUAAAUUAUAAUAUGAGGUAAGGUUCCAUAUAAAUUAUAGAAUUGUUUCUACUAUUUAUAAAAAGUACAAAAUAAAUCAUCGUGUUAUGUAUAUUAUAGCAAAGAAUAGCACCAAAAUUUGAAAAAUAGCAAUACAAAUCACUAAUACUUCAAAUAAUAUGUAAAAAAAAAGUAGUAUACAAUUUCAUAUUUAGAGUCUGGUGCAUAAAAUAAAAUGUAAAUCUUAUCCUGCUAUUUUUAUCUUUAUCUUAUAAUAAUUAGUAAAUGUUAUAAAAUUCGAGCUUUAGUGAUAUAUAUAGGAAAUAUUUAUUUGAAAAUGAAAAGAACAAUAAAAGCUAAAGCUAAAAUAGAACAAGAAAAAAAUUUAAUGAGGGGAUCUAUAAAUAAUUGUAAUUAUUUAUCAUUAUGUGUGUAUGAUGCAAAAUAUGUUUUUGGAUGUUUAAAAUUAGCACAGUAAAAAGCAAAUUUAAUUAUCAAAUAAAGGUAACAGGUUAUAUAAAGGUAGGUGAGAUAUUAGGUGAGGUACUGGUAAAAGUAAUAGGUACAAAUAUUUCACGUAUGUUUACAAUUUGAAAUGGAAGAGGAAUUAAUAAGAUUACGAGAUUACUGGAUUACGAGAGUGCAGUUACCUUUGUGUGGAAAGCACUACAUUUUUUAAGCCCUGCUAAAAGAGCUAUGCCACGGGCCCCGCAAAUUGUAAGGACGGUCGCGGAUUCGAGUGUGAGAUACACUCCACAGAUACCUAACCGUGCCUUCCAUCAACUGAACGAUGGAUUUGUUAAAAAGUUGUUGCAUACUAAAAUAUCUAGAUCGCGUUGAAUAAUGGAACAUGAUAUUUUGAUUGCAACGUUAUAUUAUUGUGUUAUUAAAAUAUGUAAUAGAUACCAGGACUGGAUUGGUAUGUAUCGGCCCAUCGAGAUUUUCGCUUCUAUGCGGCCCAUUUAUAUAUUUACUGGCCCAAAAUUACGUCUAAAAUUGUUACGAGCUUAUAGAUGGCUAAUCGUAUUAGAUUCUGAGUAGAGUGAAAAACUUAUAGUUCUACAAUGAUGUUUUUUUUUCUGUAGAUAACUUUUCUACCAGAGAUCUUGCCCCGAAGUAUCAGGUGUAGCACUUUUUCUGAAAGGGAAUCUUAUUGGGGAGGUACUUUAAAGUGGUUGUUUUUCGAUCUUCUCAGGAGUUUUCUCAUACAUAUAUACGAAAUGUAGGUAUGUUAAAAAAAAAUAUUACGGCAUAUUUAUAUGCCAUAUUAUAUAUUGUUGAAAAAGCAUCACUAUCAACUGAACUCCGCUCAGAAUCUUUGUUUUUGUAAACAAUAGUUUAUCGUUGCUUACAGAUAUACAUUAAAUCCCCUUCUGUAUCCUAAUAUACUCCCCAACAAUAGUGGCUGCGCCCGUCCCAAUUAUCCUAUGACAGCGUUUUUAAACAUGAAUUUAUUUUCACCCACACUCACAUUACGUCCGGUUCAAACUUUAAGCGGCCCACCGAGAUUUUCUCGGUCUAUAAAUAACUAAAAAUGGCUCAAAUGUUCUAAAAGUUUUACCACGUCUAGAAAUAGUAAAUAUAAGGUUUCUGUCUUAUUUUCGUAAAUUUUCCUAUUCUUUCUAUGGACUUUUCAGUUUUGCUAAAUUAUUAAAAAAACUAUAAAGAAAUUAAAAAACGAAUUUCUUGGUCACCAACUAGAUUAAAAAUUCAACAAAAAAGGUCUCUCGUUGUUUUUCUAUUGGAGCGAUAUUUAUGGUAGAAAACAUAAGCUGAAAUAAUUUAAAAUAAUGAAAUCGUUGAGCUAUAAUUUGAAAAAAAAUCAUAGGUAUAUUUCAUCUUAUUUGGUUUUUCCCAACUAUUAUGAAAACUACUUUGGUUAUCAAAAAAAGACUUACUCUGUCAAUAGCGAAAUUUUAGAGUUAUACUUAUUUCUAAAAUGUUCUAAAAAACAAAUUCUAAUAAACGUUAAUACUAAAUAAUAUCUUCGGAGAUAAUGAGUAUCUUACAUUAUGUUGAUUAUUAUGUAUUAUCACUCUAUUUUUCUUCACUCUGAAUUUCCAAACGCCUAAGACGAGCCGUGAAAAUUUGUCCGUUUUUCUAUAAGUUUUUUUCUCGAGUUUUCCUGAUAAUUUUAAUAACCGCUUGGAAAAACAAAAAUUGACCUUCUCGACGUAUCGAUUAAAUCUAAAAUGCAACAAAAAAUAUCUCUUGACAUUGAUCGAUUGUGACAAGUUUUCUGGUAGAAAAAUCGUUAACACAAAAAUAACUUCAUAGUACAACCAGUACAAAAUAUGAAAAUAGUUUAUACUAGUAAAUGUCUGUAAUUAUUACUACGAUUCCAAUGUAUGUUUAUUCAAAGUAUAAGUAAUUUCGAAAAAAUAAAAUAGUAUUAAUUAGUAAUAAAAUAGAAAUACGAUAUUGCUUUAUGUUGAUAUAUAAUCAUUCAACAACCGUUCUGUUUAAAAUAAUUUUCUGAUUUUCCAGACACGCGUAUUGUUUUACACUUUUUUAACUUUUCCAACUUAUUUUGAAAAUACAGCAGAAAUAAUCAAAUCCAAUAAUAAUAAACCAAAAUUGUGUUUAAACGGCUAUGCAUAAAACAUAAUUUAAUUAUUUUUAAUUAAUUAUACAUAAUUUAAUGAUAUAAUUUUCGCUUGUGGGUGUACUCGAAUAUAUUUGCAUACAAUUAUAAUUAUUACUUUAUUUUAAAUACUAUAAAAUUUGAUAAAUUACAAUCUAUUGAUUCUAUUUACUGUUAAGUUAUAGUAAUUAUAGGUUAAUAUGUUUAAAUAUAAUAUUAUAUUGGUUUAAUUAAUUUGUUUUACUAUAUUGAUAUUAUUUUAUUCAAUGAUUAUUGAUUAUGGUAAAUAUAACUUGUAAUUAUUGAUAUUGUAAGUAUUUUACACUGCGAUUUUUAAUUAGUAAUUAUUUUUUAAAAAGUUGAUCGUAAUAAAGUAAUUUUUCUUUAUAAGCGUUUAAAGUUCAAAUCCUAAUGAAAAUAUAUUUUGAUAAAAUUAUAUACUUUUUUUUUUAUUUUAACGUCGUUAAAAUAAUAUUAUUUUCGUUACUUUGUUAGAUUUUUUUUUAUAAAUUUUACAAAUUAUAUCGUUUACUAAACAUUAUCAUUUUAGCCGACAAAGUGACUAACAGGGGUGGAUACAAGGGAGUGGACUACGAGGACUGAAGCCUCCCCCUUAAUGUAUAGUUACUUAUAAAUAGGACUAAUAUUAAAUUAUAAACAAUAUUAAAAAUAUAUUUUUAACGCAUAUGAGACCUAAAUUUUUUUUUUUAUUUUCCUCAUCUAUAAUUCCUAGAUCCGCUCCUGGCGACUAAACGAUAAUAUUAUAAAAUCUAUAACGUCUAUAAUUAUAAAAAUAUGGUGAUAUAUCUAUAACCCGUUUAAACUUUAAAUAGGAAUAGGUAACUGUAAAGAUUACCAUAUUUUGUUCUAUAUUUACACAUAGGUUGGGACCCCGAAAAUAUAAACAACAAUAUUUAAAAUAUUUAAAUUAUUUCACCCAUACGUAUAAUAGGUCUAAUACUAAUGUACGACUUGUACGAGAGUACGCAAUCUAUUACAUACUUAUAACUUAUAAGUCGGCAUAUAUUAUAAUUACUGUUAUGUAGCUCGGUAUCUAUAGUACAUUGUACUAUUUGAAUACACAGGCGUCUUGUGAAAUUUACGGGACUUAUUUCCAUAUACCCUCGUGAAGUGUUUUCAUAUUUUAUAUUAUAAUACGUUUAUAUCUAUGUAUGUAUGCAUAUGCACUUGUACAGUUCAAAUCGAAUACGUAAUAUGUGAAAAAAAAAAAAGAAAAAAGUAUCACCAACAUCUAUUAGUUAGACCGCAGUUAUAAAACAAUAUAAACGUGUACUAGUCGUUCAGAAAUUGUAUUGCACUACUACCAAUAUUAUUAUUCUGGUUGUAAAAAAAGUAUUUCACCGUAGUCGUUCGUCAGAAAGUGGAAACCUACCGAUAAAUAGGUACUACCAAUGUUCGUAUUAUUAUUUAAUUGUUAUAACAAUAUGUAACGGUAGUGAUGCAGGUCUAUAUAUAAGUUUUCAGUCUAACAAAAGAAAUAUACUACAAAAGGUCAUAAGGUGUUCUCGAAACGAAAAAUAAACUCGCCGUCGUUAACUAUUAAAUUAUCUAUUACGUCGAAGUCGGACUAUAAUUAUUGUUAUAAUAUAAUAUAUACGGGUUUUUUGAUAACAUACGCUGGGCACGAUUUAUAUAACUAUUAGUUCUUAAAUAUUAAAAAAAAAACAACAACAAAUAAUACAAUUAACUGCUUGAAAUGACGGUUCGUAAAAAAUAAUUUCUGUUAAAUUUUCAACUAUAGUAGACCGCCUGUAUAAUAGCGUUGUGAGUUACGCCGCAGCAGUAUACGGUCAUAAUUCAAUUAACAUUAAUUUAACAUUAAUUUAACAUUUAUCGUGUGAGUACCUAAUAUGUUAUUGUAUAAUAUAAUAUAGUUUCACAUAAAUGUAGGUAACAUUCAAAAUAUUAUAAAAACAUCUUCAUGUCACCUUCUAUAUGUUAACUUACAAUUUAAUAGAUGCUUUAACAAUAGUGUAUUUCCCCGAUUAGUAUAUCCCCCUCCCAAUAUUUUAUAAUUGAUUUCACAAUUAUACAUUUUCAUACAUUAUACAUUGGUGCUGACUGCUGGUACCUUCUUAUAUUUAGUGUUUAAAGACAAAAAAGUGGCCAACCGGACAAUGCAUUCUGAUUAGUUUAGGAUAAUCUAUAAAUAUAAAAUAAGAAACUGCCCAAUUGAAUGAUAUGUCAACGCACAACCCAAACCGCUAUGUCUAGAAGCUUCAAAUUUCACACAGAGGUAGGUUAUAUAACAUAGGCAGAGAUGAAAACCGUUUUUAAAGAACGUAACUAAAGAAACAAAAAAAAACAAUAAUGAAAAUAAAGAAUAAUAUGAAAACGAAAAAAGAAAACAAAUGGACAUGUUUUGCACGUUGGGUAGGCGGCCACUGUUGUAGUUGAGAAGUUGGGAAGGUAGAGGAGAAACUUAAUGCAUAUCUGUAACAAAGAUUAAUCAUUGCUAACGGAAAACGAUUCUAAGUAGUUAUAUAUGUUUUAAAAGGUCGUGAAUUGUAAUAUUUACAAUUUUAAAAUAUUACAUUUCGUACAUUUUUCCUAAGUUUUUUCCCGGUUUUUCUCAAUUAUUAUGAAAACUGAUAAUCAAGAAAUUACCAUCUUACAGUACCACCCAGCUAAAAUAUCCUUUCAUAAAACGUGAUACACUAGAACAUCGGAGCAAAAUUUCUGGUAAAAAAAUUGUUCACAGGAAUAAUAAAAAAAAAACUGAUACUGAGGGCGGGUGCUGCCACUGUAUGUAGGUAUGUUAGGAAGGUGGGAUACAUAAAGUUAUUUAAUUUAUACCUAUAACCAACAACAAACUAUUUUUAGCGAAAAACAACUGGAAGCAAAGUUCGUUUAAUAUUUACGAUUUUCGUCAAAAUUUAAUUUUAAAACUUUAUAAAAAAAAAAAAUAGGACAUUAUACUUCAAUUUUUUAUUUUACUAAUAAAUACUACUUAUUAUAAACUUCCUGUAAAAUUGUCAAGCAUUUUGUUUAGUCUAAUAAUUUUAUCCACAGAGUACCUACCGAAUAAAAAUGACAUAAAAAAACUUGCAAAAUUAAAACAUCUAUAAAUAACUAAAAAUGACUCAAAUGUUUUAAAAGUUUUACCACGUCUAGAAAUAGUAAAUAUAAGGUUUCUGUCUUAUUUUCGUAAAUUUUCCCAUUACGUAUUUUUCGGUUUUGUUCAAUUAUUAAAAAACCUACAAAGAAAAUCAAAAAACAACUUUCUUGAUCUCCAACUAGAUUAAAAAUUUAACAAAAAAGGUCUCUUGUUGUUUUUUUAUUGGAGUAAUAUUUAUGGCAGAAAACAGGCCGUACAAAUUUAAAAUAAUGAAACUGUUGAGUUAUAAUUUGAAAAAAAUCAUAGGUAUAUUUCGUCUUUUUUGGUUUUUUCUAACUAUUAUGAAAACUACUUUGGAUAUCACAAAAAUUACAUCGUUAUUUCACCAACUAGAUAAAAUUUCCUUUCAGAAAAGGUGCUACACUUGAUACUUCAGAUCAAUUUUUCUGCUAGAAAAGUUGAUCAGAGGCAUAAAAAAAAACACAUCAUAGCACAACCAAUAAAUCCCUCGCUACGCUAUGAAUUUAAAAUAAACAUCAUUGUAAAACCAAGACAUUCCUCGCUUAGAAUCUAAAACACGGUGUAUUUCGAUAAAUUCUAUCAAAUCCGAACGCUAUGUGAUUUAUCAUGCUUGAUUAGGUUACGUUAGGAAAAAAUGAAUGAUUGUAAAUUGUAUCAUGAACAAACUGACCACUACAGCUACAGGACACUGACCCACUAGUAUCUAGUAAAAAAUGUUAGGUCCAGCAUAUUCCUUCGGAUCAAAUUAUAUAACUAUAAAAGUACCUAUUGGUUACCACGGUGUAGAAAAAAUCGUGGUACUUACCUAUACUUAAUUUAUUGUUUACAUGAGUUACACCAUGAAUUGAUUGUACUACAAUAAACAUACAUACCUAUAUACAAAAAACUUAGUUAAGUACCCAAUCACUACAGUGAUAAUAGUUGAUAAAAAUAAUGUUUAUUACCGUGGUUAUACUAAAAAACGUAGAUAGAUCAUGUUUGGUUAGUUUAUAAUAAAAAUAUAUUCUAGAAUUUUAAAUUUAAGGGGAUUGGGUGCGGUAAUUUCUCGUCUUUGUUUAACACAGACAACUGAUCGAGUAAAGUGAUAAGACUUUUGGAAACAGUUUUGAAUUUGUCGUCAAGUUUACUUGAGAACAACUUGCCGACAUUUUUGAUUUUAUCCCUUUAAAUCAUAAAAAAAGUCAUACCUAAAAAAUGAGCGAUUAAAAAAAUUAAAAAUUAUAAAUGUUAAAGAAAUUAAAAUCAAAAAAGCGGGAAAGUUAAUCUCAAGUGGAUUUCGCUUUUCACUAGAUCAAUUAGUACUUAGGAAUAAAACCACGUCUAACUUUCUAUGUUCCUCGUGUGUUAAAGUUAGAUAGAGACGGAAAACCAUCACCUCCACUUCUCUUAAGUAGGUCUUUAAAACUAUAAGUUAUAAUUUUGAGAAUAUAUUCGCAUCUAGGAGUAUUUGAAAAGACUGUAUACAAGCCUAAAUAUAAGCCAACAUGCCUUCUAAACCUAUGCAUGUCCCAUAUUAUAUAUUGUACCUUUCAUGUUCUAUUUUAUUUUCUCUACAUUUUGUAGAAUCUGAAAAUCGAUACUUCUUGCAAAAAGUAAAAUAACUCCUUAAAAAAAAAAAAUAUAUAUAUUAACUUUGAAUUUAGAUUUAAUAUGGAUUUAGAUUAAAUUAGUAUUUACUAGUAUACUGAAAAAUACAGUUUUAUAAUAAAUUAAUAUUGGCAAAUAAUAGGUAGGUAACCGUAAUAAUGGAUAUGAUAAUGUAAUAAUAAAUAAUAAUAGAUGUGUUCUCGUAAAAUAAAUAAAAAGGCUUUUAAAAACGGUUCGUUGGUAAUAACCUAUCGUUGCAGAUGUUUUACAGUUUUCAUUAACAUUUAAAAAUAAUUAAGAUCUAAAAAAACGCCUAUGUGGUCCUCUUCAUAAAUCAAAAGAAUCAAUGUUCUAUCUCUAAAACCGAUUAUAACAGCUUUUCAUAUUUUGUUUUACGCGUAGGUACGAACACAUCUUUUUUGCUUAGGUAUGGCCGUUAGAAAGAUGAAGACUGUAAAUGUCACCGUGACCGGUGGUUUAUUUAUCAUCGACUUAGGUACUAAUUUGACAAACCGAAAUCGCUGCAGUUUAUUGAAUAGUUUUUGUUAAGUAUUUUGUGGAACCGGAUGUACACAAUUAACGACCUAUUGUCAAGUUCUGUACCCUGCAUUCUGUAGCGUGUAGGUAUUUUGGUGUGCAGUUUGUAGGUUUACAACUACCUACAUUAUAAUUCUUAGAGCAACCAUAGCAUAACUUUUUUUUUCAGAUAAAUUAUUUAAAUUCAAUAAAUACAUUGUUGUUGUUUAAACUCUAAAAUAAUUAAUUUUAACUUAUUAUCUCAUUUUGUUUAUUUCCCCAAUAAUACCUAUUAGGUACUUACCUAUAUAAUGUACUAUAUUAUAACAUUUAUUAUUCAACGUGAUAAAUUAUAAAUCGUUUAAAUUUAGUUUUAAAACUUCUCAAUGGUACCCACCUAGUAUUAUCCUUCUUCGAUUCAUGGAAAAACAAGUCAAGAUUUCCACGUAAGUUUUACAUAGGUGUCUAGGUAUUUAAAGUUCCAUAAUUUAUAGAUUUAUUUAAUGAAUAGAUAGAUAUUUUCAUUUUGCCCGCAUGGCAACACUCUUCUCUAUCAAUGAUAAUAUCAUAAUCACGCAAUAAUAAAAAUUCGAUCCGUUAAAGUAAGUGAUAAUAUAUAAUUAUACUAAAAUAUUUAGUCGAAUAUGGAUACAGUUCCUUGAAUAUUUUAUUAUGAUUUCCUUAGUAACUUUGUUGUCAGUUUAAAUUACUCAGAUGUCUCACUUAAUACUAACCAAUCGUUGUAACCGACGUGUCAUUCAUUUAAUAGAAUCCAAUUAUAAUUUUCUAUUAUUGAGGGUAAGUAUAUUAUGUUUGGUAUAAGUUGUUAAGAUGUAUGUUUGUUUAAAAUUAACUGUUUUACAUUCAUAAAUUUAUUUUGUGUUAACCAAAUAGAAAAUUAUUUGUUCACAAUUUAUUAAUUUAUAUUGAAGUUAAGAAGAGGCUAUAGCUUAAAUAUUGUCAAACAAAGAAGUUACAACCAUGGUAGGUUUUAGUUUUUUUGAAAUAACUGUAACCAUUUUCUUAAAAAUAUUUUAGAAGAACAAUGAAAUUAUUCUUCUCUUUAAAUUUUGUUAUUCUUAUUUAAACUAAAAUUUUGUUCCAUUGUGAGAUUAAAACAGUAAAUGCGGGUAUAGCUUUUUUUUAAAACAAUACUAUUUAAUGUUUCAUAAUUGAAAGUUUGUACGGUUUUAAUAGUGAUUAUUUUCAUGUUUUUACUAAAUAAAAAUUUGUUUUCAGUAUGAAUGAUUUACGGCGGGUAUCAAACAUGAUCAACAAUUAUUCAGUGACAUGUUCAGAAAAAGCUGAUAAACGAUAUUUAUUCAAAAUCAAAGUUGUUUGGCUUUCAAUAAUUACUUUAUUUAGUGUGUUAGCUACUUUUGUAUUUUGUGUUUUAUGGACCAUACUUUUCAAACUAGAAGAUGCUACAUCAACACAUUGUGGUUAUCGAGUAAGUUUGUAUUUUCGUUUUUAUAAUUUAUAACUGCAUAAUUACCAAAGGUGCUUAUAUUUGUUGAUACUAUGACUAUUUUUAGACAAAAAAUUAUUUGCCAACUAUAUCAACAGCUGUGGGCAAUUAUCCAGUACAGCGAUUUCUGUGGACUUUGGUGAUAAUUGCACAUAGUCCAGUGAGACUCAUUGUGGUUGGUAUCUAUUACCAAUACUACACUAGUAUAAUUAAACCAUCAUUACAUUGGUGUGUUAUAUUAUUAAGAUUUUUGACUACUGUUGAAGUAUUUUCAUUAGUUGUACUAUCAAUAUUUACUUCAUCAAAUAAUUACAGUGAGUAUUGAUAAAAAGAGAUAUUUAAUAAAUUAUUUAUUUGUAUGUAUAUUUGUUCGUUGCUCUUGCUUUUGGGUUUGUUAAUUUUGUUGUAAUGGUUUUCCUGCCUAAUAUAUCUUAAUAGUUAUUUGGUAAGCCAGCCAUUUUAUUAAAAUGUUUUGAUUUUAAAAACUUAGAACACAUAAGAAUAGCUAAAAGUAUAUUAGAUUAUUUAUUUUUAAUUCUACUUAUUAUUAUUAUUCUUUGUAAUUUUGUUUAUAUUAUAGACACUUUUGGAGUUCAGUUAUUGGUUCAUGGAACUAUUUAACAUAAACUAGAUUGGAUUAUAAUAAAGUAUGAUUAUUAAAUUAUACUUCAAAAAAAAUAUUGUUUGAUACCAACUGUAUAGCAUUUCACUUUUCAUUGGGAAUUUGUCCAUUUUUUUUGCAUUCAUUAGGUAAAAUAUGUUUGAUUGUCAUUUUAAUAAAAUUAGUACCUACAUUACUUUUAAACUUUUGUUAAACAUCCAUUUGUGUAGAAAUGGAUACCUGAUUUGUAAUAGUUUUUCUAAGUAUAUUUUAGCAUUUUGUCAUCUGUGACUAUUGAUUAAUGAGUGGUUUAAUUUUUUAUCUUGUACUAGAAAUAAUUUUUUUAUCCAUCUUAAUAAUUCAUACAUUUUUUUCUAGUUAAUUUUUUUUUUAUUUUCUAUUAAUCUGUUAUUAUUAUGAGUGGUAUUGGAAUCUGGAUUUUAAAAAUAUUUUUUGUUUUUUAUCAGCAAUUUGAAAUAGCAGAUUGUAGCAUAAUUGACUUUGAUGAUGUUAAUGUUAUUUCUCAUAUAAUCAUGAGAACAAUUUUAAUUGGACCAUUUUUUUUUUUAAAUUAAGUAUAAUAUUACGUCUACAGUUAUCAAUGUAAUAUUUUUGGAAAAAUUAUAAAAUAUUUUAUAGUAUUAUUUGUACUAUUUCUGUCUCUUAGAUUACAUUUUUUUGUCUAUUAAUUUUAUUAUAAAGCCAUGUAUAUCUUGCAACAUUUGAAUAUAAGUGUAGGUAAUAUAAUAUAUUAUAAUAUUAAUAUUAUGUUUAAAUAUAUGAUGAACUUUUCAAUUUUGAAUCGGACUGAAAAUUGCAAAUAAUCGACCCGAACUAAAUACCCAAUAGUUCGGUUCGAAAAUCAUUUAGUGCAGAUUCUGCGCAGUCAUCAAUACAAUGUUCUGUACUGGGGCAGAGUGGUUUUGUUACAAAAAAGAAAAACUAAAAUUGUUUGCAUAAUGUUAUAUGUUAUAUUUAAAAUUGUUUGACGUAACCUAACAUUUUUACUUUUUAAUGUUUGAGUUCGAUAAAAUAUUUUAAAAGUGUAGUUAGGUUCUGGUUUGUGAAAAAUGUGUAGGUUUGUUUAAGUUCUUUAAUUUUAAGAAAAGUUCACUUCGGUUUGACCUUAAAAAUCAGGGUUCUUAACAUCUCUAUUUAUGAUGAUAACAAUAACUACAGUUUGGAUGUUAUAGUAAAGUUACUGUAAAUCAUUAUUAACUUUCUGCGUUUUAUUGUAUCUUAUGUAUCUUUUUCAGAUUUAAUUUUUAUUAAAACAAAGUCUAUACAUAUUCAUUUGCAUGAUAUUUAGAAUUUAUUAUAAUGAUAAUUGUUAAUAUUUUUUUUCAAGUUUUUAAAAUUAUUGUCUUGAUUGAAAAGAGUCCUUUCAGAUUUUGUUUUCUUAUUGUAUUUAAGAUUUAUGUAUAUUUAUAUAAUUAAUCCUAAUAUUUCAAAAUAUAUUAUUAUCAUCUGGCAUCUGUAUUGAGUUAUUUUCCUGGUUUAUUAUGUAAUUUAUUGUGAUGAAAUAUAGUAUGACACUGAAUUGCCAACCUGGAGAAGUUGCAGUCUUGCAAAUACUGUUCUGUUUACAAUUAUGCAUUGUUAUAUUGUUGUAAAAUCAUUUUCUAAAUAAUUGUGUCUAUAACCUAACCCAAUGUAUAAGUCAUUGUGUAUGUUUGAAUGUUAAUCAAUUUUUUUAUCUAAUAAAUUUCGUAAAAUAAAAAAGGUGUUUUGACGGUUCUCAGUUAUUGCCUUUAUUUUUUUGAUACAUAUUAUGUUAUCUAGAACAUUUUAUAGGUACAACUAUUAUAAUUAUUUAUGUGCAUUUUCCUGAAAUUUCAAGUUUUAGAUUCUGAGUGUAAUGAAGAAUGUAUUGGUUUUACAAAGAUGUUUAUUAUUUUAAACUGUGUACAGAAAUUUUAUUAGAAAUCUUGCUUUGAAGUAUCAAGUAUAGCACCUUUCCUAGGAUAAUACUUUAAGAAGGUCAUCUUUUGAUUUUUCCAUUAGUUUUCCUAAUAAAUGGGGAAAAAAGAGAAAAUAGGUAUAACAUUAAACAAAUAUUAUUAAAGAAAAUGUAUAAUGCAUAUGUAAUUAUUUUACCAUAAUGUGACAUAUAGUCUAAAAUAUUGUUUAGAUUUAAUUUAUUUAAAGUUCAAUUUUAAUGUAAUAUACAGCUUAUAUUAAAUGAUGCAAGAUUAAAAAGUUUAAUACAAAUUAUUUAUUUCUUUAAUUAAUUAUUUCUAUAUAAAUUAAAAUUACUUUAUUAUUUUACAGUAUUUUAUUUUUAAAUAAAUGUGAAAACUAUAUAAAUAUGUAAUACAUAUUUGUUACCUACAAUCAAUGCAUGUAAAUCUAAUAAUGAAGCCUUUUCAUUUUAUUAUUUCCAUUAUUUUUUAUUUAAAUUUAAAUUUUUUGCAAUUACAUGCACUUUUUGUUUUUUUACAUUUUGAUUUGAGUGAGAAGUGUAUUAGUUUUACAUUAUUAAGUGUGUUCUUUUUUAACUUAUUAAACUUUAAUUAAUUUUGGUUUUUGAAAGAAUUUAAAAUGAUCAAAGCAGAAAAAGGGGAAAUUAAAUUGGAACUAUAUUGAACACUAAAUUAAUGAAGCAUUUAAUAUUUGUAAUUAAUUAUUGCUUUUGAAAAAUGAUUAAGAAAUCCUAAAAAAGAUCAUACACGUGUAAAUAUUUAUUGUAAUCUAUACAUUAAAUCAUUUUAGUUAUCACAAAAGAUGCAAAAGGUUAUUAAACUAUUAGAGAUAAAGAAUGAAACAUAUAACUUUAACUACUAAUAGUUUUCUUAACCUCUCAGCAUACAAAAUAUAAAGUAAUAGUACAAUUAUUUAUUUAUUUAUUGUUAAUUUAAACAUAUUAAAAGAUCAAUACAUGUUGUAUAUAUACAUGUAAUUAUGAAUAACUUAUUAUUUUAAUGUGGACCAUUAUUAGAUUCAAAUAAUGAUCUUGAGUGGAACAUAGAUAUUAAGUUUAAAUAUUUUCCAAUGAUCCAUCUCUAAUUUUUGUUUUAUAUUGUCUAUUAAUUGAUUUAUUUUUCAGGCAUUCAUGAAAAAAGUUUUAUGACAUUCAUUUGCGCUUCUGAACUUAAUAUGCUAAUUUCUUCAAUAUUACUGAAAAAAGGGCGUAUUACUAUAACAGUUAUGACAAAAUUAGAAGUGCGAUCAUUAAAAUACAAAAUAUGCUUUACAGCAUUUAAUAUGAUUAGUUUUGCAAUUGCUGGUUAUUGUUUCUUGCGACACAAUAAUUACUGUGAAUCUGGAGGUAUGUAAUAACAUAAGAAUAUAUAUAUAUAUACAUAUUUUUCCCGAUGUUAAUCACCCUUUCUUUUUCCAUUUCAUUUCUCACUCAUAACUAGGGCUCGAGACUAUUACACUUAGAAUUCACAAAAAAGUAAUUAAAAUCAUAUGAUUAAGAAAAAAAAAUUGUUUUCAAAUAAAAUUGUUAAUAUUAUAAAAAAAUAACUGAGUUAGUAAUUUGUGUAAUGUAAGAAAAUUGUAUUUAAUAGGUUAGAGUCGUUAGAGGGAGGGGCAUCAAACCCUUCUACCAUUUUUGGUUUCUUAAUAUUUUUCAAGUGUUUUUCCAGAGAUUUUUAUUUUACAUUUGUAAGCGCUUUUUUGUGAAUUUUAAGUGCAAUAAGUCUCGAGCCCUAAUCAUAACAAUUCAUGCUACAGGCUUAAUGAUGCAUCUGUUACUUAAUACAAGACGUGUACAAAAUUUCUAAUAGCGGUAUUUUUUUAUAUUUUUUCUCUUCAUGAACCAAUUUUUAUCAUUAUUACAAAAUAUAUUAAAUAUUAUCAACUUUAUACUACCAUACAAUACUAUAUAAAACUAUUAAUUGCUGUCAGGUGUUCUAUGUAAAAAUACAAUUUUUUUAUCAAUUCGUAUAAAUUUUCAGUGUAUACACUCUUUGCUCUUUUUGAGUAUUUAGUCGUGUUGAGCAAUAUGGCAUUCCAUCUUACUGCUGUUUGGGAUCUAUCUAGUGUAUCAUUAGUGUUGGAUGAUGAUUUAAAUCUUUCCUAUCGAUGACUAGUGUGUAGUGACAAGAUUUUGUGCUAUUUUUAGCAAAUGCCGAUACCGUUUAAAUGUUAGAUUAUAAUUUGACUGCUGAAAUGUGAUAUUAAUACUUGGUUUGGCUUAGUAGUCUAAUCCAAAUUGAGUUACAUAAUUUCGAUUUUUAAUUGUUUAAAUAUAUAGUGAAUUUAUGUAUAAACAAUAUUGUUAUCUGAUACUACACAAAAUGUGUUUUAAAGUUAUUAUACUUUAGAUAGUCAUUAUUUAUUAAGUAGCACAGUCCUAUAUUAAUUUAAUUUUUAUUUUAGUAAGCACUAUUACAUAGAUGUGUUGUGCGUUUUAUAAAUUAUUAGUUUAAAAAAAUUCCUUUACCUAGCAAUUAUUAAUACAUAUUUCAAUUCAAUAUCGCCAAACAAAAGGAAUCUCAUAUUUUUUAAUACAUACAUUUUAUUUACUAUUAUUGAAAAAUGUUUUGAACUAGAUACUAUUAAUUUUUCUAAUGUGUAAUUGGUAUAUACCAAAUUAUAGUUGCAAUUAGAAUUAAUAGAUUUUAAUUUGUUACCAUUUUAUGUCAGGGUCAUAUCUACACAUAUGUUAUGAUUCCUGAUUGUUUUAUAAAUUGUUUUUGGUUUUUUACAACUAUUAGGUUUAUUAUUUAAUGUAUUUUUGUAAUGCCAAAAUAAGAUUUCAAUAUAUUAUGGAUGUUAAAUAAAUAUACAUUUUUAUUUUAUAACAAUGUGGUUUUAAAAUUCCUAUGCAAUUAUUUAUGUCUUAAAUUGUCAACAGUUAUACAAAUAUUUAUCUUAUCAUAGGUAAAAAUUUUUUUAAAUCUCCAAAAAGUGAAAUAUAUAAAUACCUAUAUUUCUAUCCAUGCCUGUGAAUUCAAAUUUUUCUUUUUGAACCUAAUA